AUGCUCACCAAGACUCUUGCGGCCAGCAUUGGCGCUCUAGCCUUGGCUUGUGUGGCAUCUGGAAAGCAGCACAAGCAGCACAAGCAUCCGGCCAUCUUGCAUUACGAGGAGAACCAUGUCGAUCGGCCGUUCUUCCUUCAAUCCGCCCAGGAGUCGACCGACAAGACACUGAACCAGGCGUUUGACUUCCUCGCCCCUGCUCUAGAGAACCCGCCGCUCUUCUCCGACACGGGAGCGUUUGCGCAUCUGCCGCAGCUUGCGUGCUUCAAGAAGGACGUGUUGGAGUCCGAGCCCAUAGACAUUGCAUUCGUGGGGGCUCCUUUCGACACUGCUACGACCUACCGGCCGGGAGCCCGAUUUGGCCCCACGGGAAUCAGGCUUGGCUCGAGAAGGUUGGCCAAGCACUCGGGACAUUCAGUCGAGAAUGACUUCAACCCUUUCGACGGCAAGAAUGCGCGAGUUGUAGAUUGUGGUGAUAUCCCAGUGACGCCCAUGGACAACAGGGUCGCCCUGACCCAGAUCCAGACGGCGCACCAGAUCAUCGCUUCAUACACCCCGGCCAACAGCACCACCACGCCCAACGUCCCGCGCAUCAUCACCCUCGGAGGCGACCACACCAUCACGCUCCCCUCCAUGCGCGCCGCCUACAAGCACUGGGGCCCGCUGAGCAUCCUCCACUUUGACUCGCACGUCGACACGUUCCGGCCGCGCAUCCACGCGCCGGAGUCAAGGUACUCGCGCGUCAACCACGGCACGUACUUCCACAUCGCGCACGACGAGGGCAUUCUGGGCAACGAGACCAACAUGCACGCCGGCAUCAAGGGCGUCUACCUCGACAGUGGUGACGAGGCCCACGACCGCAAGUGUGGCUUUGACAUGGUCAAGGGUCGCGAGAUCGACAAGAUCGGCGUAAAGGGCGUCAUUGAGAAGAUCAAGGCUCGCGUCGGCACGGGGCCGGUAUACCUGUCCUUCGACAUUGACAGUGUGGACAUGGCCUUUGCCCCGGCCACCGGCACAGCUGAGCCAGGUGGAUGGACCAGCCGUGAGGUCCUCGCCAUCAUUAGCGGGCUGGCGGACCUGAAGAUUGUCGGCGCUGACUUGGUGGAAGUGGCCCCCAUGUACGACACGGUCGCAGAGCAGACGGGACAGUUGGCUGCGGAGAUCCUGUACGAGAUCCUGACCGUCAUGAUCAGGUCACCUGUUUGA